ACGUCGCUCUGGAUCUGUGUUUGCAAAUGUUCAAACUGAGCCAAACAACACGGCGGAAUCUACACGCGACACUGACGGAUUUUAACCACGUUUUAACGGGACUGAGUGCGCGGUGUGUGAGUAUGGUGUGUGUGAGUAUGGAGUGUGUCUUUGAGGCGUUUUAACGGGACUGGGGCGCGUUUGAACAUGGUGUGUGUGUGUGUGAGGCGUUCACUUCAGACUCUGCAGGACUGAACACGGGAUGGAUCUGACACCGGACUUUUCCUCGAGCAGGAGCAUCCUCUGUCUGUUUGACGUGGACGGCACCCUAACACUCCCGAGAGAGAAAAUCGACCCACAGCUGGAUGCGUUCUUUCAGACCCUGCGGAGGAAAGUCAAAAUCGGCAUUGUGGGGGGGUCGGACUACUCAAAGAUUGCAGAGCAGCUCGGGGAGGGCGAUGAUGUAAUUCAGAAGUUUGACUAUGUAUUUGCUGAGAACGGGACUGUGCAGUACAAAGAUGGAAAACUUCUCUCCAAACAGGCCAUUCAGAACCAGAUCGGUGAAGAGUUGCUCCAGGAGCUCAUUAACUUUUGUCUCAGUUACAUGGGACUCAUCAAGCUGCCAAAGAAAAGGGGCACAUUUAUUGAAUUUAGGAAUGGAAUGCUGAACAUUUCUCCCAUUGGCCGCAGCUGUACACCUGAGGAGCGGCUUGAAUUUUCUGAAAUUGACAAGAAGGAAAAGAUCAGGGAGAAGUUUGUAGCUGCUCUGAAGGAAGAGUUUGCUGGGAAAGGCCUGAGGUUCACCAGAGGUGGGCUCAUCAGCUUUGACAUUUUCCCGGAGGGCUGGGACAAGCGCCUGUGUCUGGACGUCCUGGAGAGGGAAGGCCUGGAUGCCAUCUACUUCUUUGGCAACGAGACUUCAGACGGAGGGAAUGACUAUGAGAUUUUUAAUGACCCCCGGACCAUUGGUUUCACAGUGUACUCCCCCGAGGACACAGCCAGGCUUUGUCGACAGUUGUUCUUUGACACUCCGCUGCAGGAAUCCUGAUGUACUGAACUCACUGACCCUGCACUACUGCCCCAUCCUCUUAAACCCCAGGCUGAUGCUGAAUAUGAAAAGCCUGUUUUUAACGUGACAGCUACCACCUUAAGGUCCUCAAGGUGCCAAUGUUUGUGUAUUAACUCAAAGGAAGGGACAGUCCUAAAUAGGGAUUUGUCGGUACACUCCUUUUAAAAAGGGACCAUAGAGAUUAUAACUGCGUGUUUUUGUGUUUAUGCAUUUACUACUGCAAUUCAAGCUGCUUUUAAACCAACCUUUGAGAUAUUGUGUUUAGAUAUUUUGAGUAUUACUUUAAUCUACUUUGCACUACCAAUGACAGUACCGAUAAUUGUAAAUUCAUGAUGGAAUCUAUUACAGCUAAACGCAGUAUUUUGGGGGAUGGUAAUUCCAGGUAUUUUACUAUAUAAUAAUGUAAACAAGGUGUGUGAAAUGCAAUGUCUCACUGUCUGAAUUGUUUGUUACAAAACCGCUGAAAAUGAGAGGAAUUGUCAGUGGUUUUCCAUUUAUGCUUCUUUACAUUACGUCACAUAUAGGAUUUAACUGAGGGUUUCCGUUUCCAGGAGCUUUAAACACCAGACUAAAUGAACUCACCAGUGGAUUAAGCUUCUCUUUCUUCAUCACUGACGUAUCGGCCUGUUUCUCUCUAUAAUGUAGCACAUGUACGUUUCAACUUGAUUUUUUAUCAUGUAACUGUUUUUUAACUGUUAAAUCAACUCUUCUGUCAUUUCACUCUUUUUUUUAAAGUUGAGCCUUUUUCAACAGACACUGACACACUCCUGUUAAUUGCCAAAAGGUUUUAAAUCAUGAGAUGUUAACUAAAAAUGACAUGUUUUAACUGGAGUAGAGGUAGUUCUUGUAAUAAGAACGUACUUCGUGCAUUAAAGUUUAUGGAGAUUAUCAAUGUUUUGCUGUUUUUCUUCGUUGCAUGUGACGUAUAAGAUAAAGUGGGCCACUGUUGAAGUAUUUUUUUUAUUUAAUUCAUACACAUCUAAGAAUUUUAUACACACAUUUUUAAUUGUGUCAUAACUGUUGUUUUGUUUUAUACAUGUCUCACUACCUGCAGCUCCUCAGUAGGACAUGUUUGUUUUGUUUUUUGUUUUUUACUGACACAAAGCUUGAGGCAAAUUUGUGAAUGAGUGAUAAAAUACUUUAAUGUUCAGACAAU